AUGUUACACAGCAGAAGAAGGAUGCUACUGCUACUACGAUGCCCAACUGGAUUAUUAAUUCUAGUUGGAUUAUUAUGGUUAUUAUCUUCAGUUGAUUGUCAAUCAAAUUCAACAACAACAACAUUUGACGUCGUUGAAUCUCCUCCAUUCACAUCAAUUCCAUCCAAUUCUGUAACCACAAUAACUACAACAGUAGUAAAAACACUAAUAGUCGAAAGUGAUACAUCAACUUCUUCAAUAAUAUCCAAAGCAUCCAAAUCAGGUAAAAUCUGGAAUUGGCAAAAGAAAGUAUCAACAACAUUGUCAAAAACAACAACAACAUCACAACGCAUGUCUCCAUUGAACACGACUGUACCUAAUAUAUUUCAAGCGCAUAAUAUUUCAUCAUCAUCCUCGCCCUUAUCAUUAGUCUUGAAUGACAUGAGAAGCAGCAACAGUGCCGUACCAAUCAUAUCUACAUCCAGCGUGCUGUCCCAAACGCAGCUUUUGCAACAACUACAUACUCAACAAGAUACCAACAAUACUCACAACACCAACAACAAUAUCAGCAAUAUUAUAGAUGAAUGCCAUUUCAUGUCGUUUGAAGAAUGGAAGAAACAUAAAAUUGAAGCUGUCAGUAAUAAUACAGACUCACCGGCUGCUUCACAAUUGGCCCCAUCCAUAUCCUCCUCAACAAGUCCUCAGCUUGUCAAAAAUCAAAACAGCACCAGAUUGAAAAACAACACUUCCAACAAGACCUCCACCCCAAAAGGCAUAUCAACAUCUAAAGAAGAAGUCGCGUCGUCUGGGCAAAAUCAAACCAUAAUAGAAACAGAAGGGAAAUUAUAUAAGGAUAAAUUCAACUACGCUUCAGCCGAUUGUGCAGCCACAGUUGUAAAAACCAAUAAGAACGCCAAAGGUGCCCUGGCAAUCCUUAAAGAAAACAAAGAUUCCUAUCUCCUAAACCAAUGUUCCAUCCCUGAUAAAUUCGUAAUUAUAGAAUUAUGUCAAGACAUCUUGGUUCAACAAGUUGUAAUUGGGAAUUUUGAAUUUUUUUCAUCUAUGUUUAAGGAUGUUAAGAUAAGUGUAAGUGAUCGAUUUCCAACUCUGAAUUGGAAAUUAUUGGGGGAGUUUGUGGCGGAGAAUAAACGAGAUAUUCAGACUUUUAGGAUUGAGAAUCCAUUGAUUUGGGCAAGAUAUUUGAAGAUUGAGAUAUUGAGUCAUUAUGGACUGGAAUUCUAUUGUCCAAUUUCGGUGGUUAGAGUACAUGGAAAGACUAUGAUGGAUGAGUUUAAGGAAGAUGAAGAAAAGAGACACAUGGAAAAAAACGAAGAAAAGGUUAUAGAACAAGAAGUGCAACCAGAAACUAAUAAUGAGCUUGAUUUCUUAUAUAUAAAUAGUUCAUUAGCCAAUGAUUUCAAGGUAUUCAUGCCUCAUUUGGACCUAAACGCGUUCUUAAAAGAUAUUAAUGGUACAAAUAUCACCAAACAAAUAUGUACUCCGAAUACCACCAAUGAACCAAUCACUACAACUGCAUCCUCAACCACCCAAGAAUCAAUCUAUAAAAAUAUAAUGAAACGAUUAUCAUUAUUAGAAUCAAAUGCAACAUUAUCAUUAUUAUAUAUUGAAGAACAACUGAAAUUACUUUCGUUGGCAUUUUCAAAUCUAGAAAAGAAACAAAAAUCAAAUUUUAAUACCUUGAUCAAUUCAGUCAAUAUCACGCUAAUUAAUCAAUUACUUUCAUUUCGUGAUUCUUAUAAUACUCUUCAUGAACAAUAUCGGAAAUUAUAUCAUGUUCAAGAAUCAAAUCAUCGGGAGUUGUUAUUGGAAACAAAUAAGAAAUUGGGUGUUUUGACAGGGGAAUUGGUAUUUCAGAAACGAGUGGUUAUGUUUAAUAGUAUUAUAAUUAUGUGUUUGUUGGUAUAUGUGGUUCUUACGAGAGAUGUUGAAAUUAUUCAACAGCCAGAAAAUAUAGACGACUCUGGACGAGGAGAGCCGGCUUCGCAGCUGGUGAUGGUUGACGGUGAGGUGUUGGUGAAACUGCACCCAGCUUCGAAAUCUACAACAACUGCAACAACAACUGGAUCAUCGCCAUUUAGACCAUUCACAUAUAAGCAUAUUAAACAUAAGCUUGUAUAA